CUAGCUUAUCUAGUACUACCUUAGAAAUCCCAAACUCAUAGCUGGGUCUCCGUGAUUGGGAGUUAAAUUCAGUUCCAAUUGGUGCUAUUUCUUUGUUCUAUAUCUCUGAUCCUAGCUGGGAUCUGACAGGGACCUGCUGCUGGCCUGCGUCGCCUCGUUCCGCGGCACGAUGGGCUACGCCCGCAAAGUGUUUGACGGAAUCCCCCACCCGGACCUCUUCAUGCACAACGUCAUGGUCCGCGGCUACGCGCACGGCGGCGCGCCCGCCGCGGCCUUCGUUUUGUACCGACGCAUCGGGGCGGCGAGCCUGAGGCCCGACGCCUUCACGUUCUGCUACCUCCUCCGGGCCAGCGCUGGCUUGCCGGGUUCCUGCGCCGGGUACCAGGUCCACGGCGUCGUCCUGAAGCUGGGCUUCUUGAGUGACGCGUUCGUGAGGAAUGCGGUCAUCAACAUGCACGCCAAGUGCGGGGAUUUGCAGGUGGCCAGCGCGCUUCUUGAUGAGGCCGGCGAGGGGGAUGUCGUGGCGUGGUCGGCUGUCAUAGCGGGGCAUGCCGCUAGAGGUGACUUGGGCAUUGCACGCCAACUGUUUGAUGAUUGUCGGCACAAAGACUUGGUGUGUUGGAAUGUGAUGGUGGCAGCGUAUGCUAAGCAUGGGGAGAUGGAGAAGGCGAGGGAGCUGAUUGACCGUGCGCCAGAGACAGAUGUGGUUUCGUGGAACACGAUUAUCACUGGGUACGCCGCGAAGGGGAUGCUGAAGGAAGCACUGGAUGUGCUUGAUGAAAUGAAGUGUGCUGGCUGGAUGCCUGAUGAGGCCACUAUUGUUAGCUUGCUUUCCUGUUGUGCGAACUUAGGGUCGCUUGACACAGGGAGGAUGAUACAUUCAUUACACUUGGAAGGUAGACCAUGUACAAGUAUUGUUCUUGGAAAUGCAUUGGUAUCAAUGUAUGCAAAGUGCGGAGAUCUGCAGGCUGCAUUGGAAGUCUUUAGCAGGACGAAGGAGAGGGAUGUUUGGACAUGGAACUCAAUCAUCGGCGGGCUGGCCUUCCAUGGGCAAGCAGAACAGUCCAUCCACUUCUUCAAUAAAAUGCUUCAAGAAGGAAUGUGCCCAAAUGCUAUUUCUUUCCUCUGUGUUCUCGGUGCAUGCAGUCAUGCCGGAUUAGUUGAAGAUGGUCAGAGAUAUUUCUCUUUGAUGAAAGACAGGUACAAGAUCGAGCAAAAUGCAAAGCACUACAGUUGCAUAGUGGAUAUGCUUGGCCGUGCAGGCUUACUGGAUGAAGCAUUUGCAAUUCUGAGCAGCAUGAGGUGUGAACCUAGUGCAGUCAUAUGGAGGACUCUGCUUGGUGCCUGCAAGACCACGGGAAUGCAGCCUUGGCAAACUUGCCAGGGAGAGGCUUCUAAAAAUGAAUGAAGAUGCAAGCGGAGAUUAUGUGCUGCUCUCUGGCAUUUACGCGUCAUGUGAUGAAUGGUUUGGAGUGGAGACAUUGCGGGGAUCAAUGGAUGAAAGGGGGAUAAGAAAGGCUGCUGGUUUUGCCCAGGUUGACCAUAAAACUUCCUGUCUUUCAGCAUUGUGAUGUGUGGAUAUCCUACAGUGAAAUUCGAUGAACGUGUGGAUUGUGUCCAUGCUCAGCCUGUCAUUUUAUGCUCGGCCACCAGAAAGUGGAAGGAAGUAGCACCCUAAUAGACAGAUACCACUAGCAAGGAGGCCUAGUGAGUAAAUCAUAUUCAAAACAGCCAAAUGCUGGUGGUUUCACUUGGAGUUAGCAGCAUCAGUGCAGCUAGCAGGGAGCAAAUGAUGGAUAAUUCGGUCUAGCGCCUGGCUAGGGCCAUAGCUGAGAGUAAGAUGAGCAGUAUCAGCAGAACCAUGGCUCCAAACGAGCCAACCAGGGAGCCAGAGGUACGCUCGCAGAAAGAAUCCAACUGCUGGCAUAUAGCAAGCCAGUUUGCCCUGACAUUACCCUUGUGUGCUAAGUAGACAAUAGCUGUUGCUGCAGAUGACGCUGCGGUCACCAGAGCUAGCAUUGCCUUCACAAGAAAGACAAGGAAAUUAAUUAGUAGCUGAUAAAGUUAUUGGUGCAUGCUUCUCUUUCUUCAGUAUAAUAGGUUAGUAAUCAUGCUUUUUUUUUGAAACGAGGGUUAGUAAUCAUGCAUAGUUUCAUGCAGGAUGGCAUGGUAUUAAUUGAACGGUUCAGCACUGGCACACUUUGAAUUAGAGAAAGAUAUAGUCUUACCGCGUCGAAAUGAUCAAGACCAGCCUGCUAUAUUUAGCCCCGCUCCUAAUUAUGUGCACAAUUGACAGUGGGAGCGAAAGGAUGAGAUAGGCGCUCACAAUAGAAUUUGCCACCACGAAGAACCUGUCAAGUGUCAAGAUAAAAUUCAAACAGUUGGAGCAUCAGAUCAUAACCUUAUUUUAUC